AUGUCAGCUCCACCAUCUUAUAAUAUUGGUGGUGGUUCACCUUUAAAUGGCGAUGCUUUAAUGAAACCAAGUUCAUCACCUUCAAGAUCAAUGUUAUUAAAUGAUUCAGUUAGUAAUAAUAGAUCAUCACCGUCUUUGAAUUCAGUGAAUGGUCAACAUGCCAAUAAUAAUAGUAGCAGUAGUAUGAGUAGUAGCGAGAUGGGAAAGAAGACGUUGAAGAGUAAUGUCGUAAAGAGUUUGUUAAAUAGAUCGAGUUCUGGAUCGAAUCUUAUGAGUCGACGUCAGUUCUCGGGCUCGACGUCGUCGUUCAACUCGGGCAGUCUUGGCAAUAGCGGUUAUAUAGCGGACGAUGCUUCAGAGUCAUCGCUCGACUCACCAAAGUCAUCGCGUAGACUCCACGGUGGCUCGAUGACAGAGAACGACGUCGAUAAAUCACUCUGGACCAUACGUGCACUCAAGGAGAACCCAGAGAUCGCCGACAUCUACGAGCGUAUCAAACCGAUCCACCGUUGUAUAUCACUCGGUCAACACUAUGCCUACGAAGAAACACUACUCAAAGACGAUCCACUCAUCGGUGGCGACACCAUGUUACAACUGAUCCUUCAACAUCUACAAUACGAAGGUCUUUUAAGCUCUAGGAAAUCAUUAGAGAGUGAAUCAAAUGUUAAAUAUCCAGACUAUGCAUUCAAUGAAAGUCGUUUAGUAACAUUAAUUAGAACAGCAUUAAAAGAUUCUGAAAGAAUUUAUAGUUUGACUUUGGAUGAGAGACAAAAGGAUUCUCAACAACUCUUGGAAGAACAUUUAGCAUUGAUGGGUCUACUUUAUGAAGAAAUAAAUGAUUCUUCAGAAGAUGUAAAUAUUUAUGAUGAACCAGAAGACUCUAAUAUUAUUUAUUCGGAGGAAAAAGAGACAAAAGGAGAUUCAGGUUCGUCAGCAACACAAUCCAGUACUUCGACCGGUAGUUUGGCAAACUCGACGGCAUCACUCACUAGCGGUGCGAAUACAUCGAGUUCUUCACUGCCUUCGAGUCCCUCGCUUAUGAAUAACAAUAGUAACAACAGUUUGAGUAGUAGCAGUAAUAUGAGUAGUGGCGGUGCAGCCGGUAUCAAUGGAAAUAACAGCAGCGGCAACAACAGCGGAAGCGGCAGCAGUAGUAGUAAUAGUAUCAUUCACAACGCCAGAGAAACUACUACAGAAAUUGAUACAGCGUUAUCAGGUGCCACAGAAACCAGGUCAGUCCGAAGAGGAGUGGAAAAAGAUUGCCAUCCCCAUUCAGCUGCGUGUAGUCAACGUACUAAAGACAUGGAUCAACCAAUCAUUUUCGGAAUUCAACGACAAACUCAUUCAAAACAUCAAAUCAUUUUUGGAGAUACUCAAACACGACAAUCCAUCUUUAGCCAAUCGUAUUUUACAAACAUUAAACAGCAAGGUAAGAGAGAGAUAAAGAUAAAGAUAAAGAUAAAUAUAUAUAUAAUCAAAGGUAUUGGUGUCGAAGAUGAAGACGACGAUAAGAAAUCAAAGGUGGUAUUUACUACCGCUGCACCAGAGCCAAAGGUACCAAAGAAUAUUUGGUCACAGAAUCUAGAUAUUUUCGAUGUUGAGGAGGAAGAGGUUGCCAGACAAUUGACGCUGAUUGAUUUUGAGAUAUUUUCAUCGAUUAAACCAUCGGAACUCUUGAAUCAGUCGUGGAACAAACCAAAGCUUCGUCACCGUUCACCAAAUGUUUUGACACUGAUUACGCGUUUCAAUGAGAUCUCAUCGUGGACGGCAUCGCUGAUCCUCAGCAACGACAAGGUCAAGGAUCGUGCCAGAAACAUGGCAAAGAUCAUCAAGAUCGCAGAGUAUCUCAUGCGUCCACUCAACAAUUUCAAUACAUCGAUGGCCAUUCUCUCUGGUCUGAACGCUGCCUCUGUACACAGACUUCGUUUCACCAAAGAGGAAAUGCCAAAGCACAUCCAACAGAUCUGGGCAGACCUUCAAGCACAACUAAGCAGCAAUCAAUCCUACAAAGUCUAUCGUGAUCUACUCUCCAAAGCCAACCCACCUUGUUUACCAUAUCUAGGUGUUUGUUUAACAGAUCUUACUUUUAUUGAAGACGGUAAUCCCGAUCAAAUUAAAGGAUUUAUCAAUUUCAGUAAGAGAAAGUUAAUUUAUAAUGCCAUCUCAACCGUUCAGAGUUUCCAAAAUACAAGAUACAAUUUGCAUCCAGUUUAUCAGAUCUCUAAACUCUUGAGAAAUCUGAAACCAAGAUUGGAUGAAGAUGAUUUGUAUCGUAGAUCGUUAUGUACUAAAUCAAAUCAAUCACAACAACAACAACAACAACAACCACAUCAAUCAUCGAUAUGGCAACAAUUAAAACCGACUGUCAACUUUCAAUAUAUAAAAGAUAAUCAAGUAGAGUUACAAGAGAAUGCUAAAAAGAGAAAUACACUUGUAGAUAUUCAAUCGAUCGUCGCUAAAUACGAUGAGUAUCGUGUGGUGAAGCGUGAGAUCGAUGCUGUGCGAAAACAAAAGAAUGACGUUGCUGCAGCGGUCAAACAAAAGUCAUUGUCAAAAGAGGAGAGACAAGCGUUGAUCGAUCAAGGAAAGCAAGUUAAAGAUAGGUUGGCGGAGAUGGAGAUCAGUCACGACACACUCUUCAAUGAGUUGACAUCUGAGGCGCUAAAGAUUCCAAACAACACACAUCCAGACUCACCGAUUGGACCUGAGGAUAAAGCUGUCACCGUUUUGAACGUCGGUAAGAUACCAGAGUUCAACGACGGUUUCCAACCAAAGGAUCACGUGGAACUUGGAGAAUCGCUCGGACUUUUGAAACCGGCAAGUCACACCACCGGUCACAAAUACUACUAUUUCACACGUGAUGCCGCAAUGCUCGAGAUGGCGCUGAGUUACUGGGCGUUCUCAACGAUGCAGCUGAAAUAUGGAUUCACUCCUAUCAUUACACCGGAUGUGGUGCAUCCUGCACUCGCCGAGGCAUGCGGAUUUCAACCGCGAUCCGAAGCCACUCAACUCUACUGGAUGCGCGACCACGAGUUGUGUCUGACGGCGACAGCAGAGAUUCCAAUGGCCGGAAUCCAUUCGAAUUCCGUGCUCGAUCAAGCGGAACUCCCACUAAAGAUGGUCGGUUACUCACACUGCUUCCGUGCAGAGACUGGUCGUGGUGUUAUCAACAAGGGUAUCUACAGAGUGCAUCAGUUUAGCAAGGUGGAGAUGUUUGUCAUCUCGACACCAGAGCAAUCGGAAUCGAUAUUGAAAGAGUUGCUCGAUAUACAGAUAGAGAUGUUCAGCUCACUGGAACUUCCAUUCCGUGUGCUCGAUAUGCCAACGGAGGAUCUCGGUGCACCGGCCUAUCGUAAAUACGACAUUGAAGUUUGGAUACCAAGCAGAAAUGGCUACGGUGAGAUAUCGAGUGCUUCGUCUUGCACCGACUAUCAAAGUAAAAGAUUAAACAUAAAAUACAAACACAACAACAACAACAACACUGAUAAUCAAAGUUUUGCACACACCUUAAAUGCCACAGCAUGCGCAAUCCCUAGAAUCAUUUUAGCAAUUUUGGAAAACAAUCAACAACCGGAUGGAUCUGUCAUCAUACCAAAAAUAUUAAGACCACUUAUGGGUGGUAAAGAUAGAAUUUUACCUCUUUCAAAAAAUAAUAAUAAUAAUAAUAAUAAUACCAGUUCUAGUGAAAUAGUUUCAUCAGAAUAUUCAAUAAAGGAUAUCAAUAUUUUAGGAGGUCAACUGAAAAUACUUAGUGGUGAGGUUCAGUUUGACCAAGAUAUAUAUAAAUUACAAAGCUAUACUUGUUCGAAUUUCAAUUGUUCGGGAUACACUCCACCGGCAUGUCCACCAUGUGACUACACCAUUAAUAAUCCUCUUGGAUGUGGUGUCUCGAAUUGUGGUUCUUGUCAACCAUCGACAAGAGCGUGUGGUCCUAUCGAUUGGGUGCCACUCUCGGUCAACCAGUGGCAGUCAGGAUAUCUAAAGACUCUCUCAACAGAGACCAACAAUGCAUUCUACAAUUUCUAUGCAGAUCCAAACAAGUGCGUUGGCUACAAAGUAUCACUUCGUAUACACCAGGGAUCAGCACUUCUCUAUGCUUCGUUUGAAGCGUUUCAUCCCGAUUUCGAUUCUGCUUCCCGAUAUAUAUUUUCAGAGAUAUCCGAGCAGACCAUCACUUUUUGUCCAAACGAUAUGAUUAUCACAAACCAAGAAUAUACCAAUGUUUUCCCGUAUGGAACCAUUUUCAUUGCAAUCCAAUCAAGUGUAAAUACACAAGUAGAUUUAAUAUUUGAUUUAAUUAUUGAAGAGAUUGAUAAUAUUAAACAAGUUGAAACAAUAACAAAUCCUUGUAAAGAAGUAGUGAGUGGAGUUGAAUGUGUUGAAGAUGGUUUGCUAUACAAUCAGCCCGUAAGUUUCCCUGGUAAAACCUAUUCCUACACUUUUGAAGGUUGUAAAAAUAUAACUAUAUCAAGUAUGGUGGUAGAUGUAGACUUUGAUUUAUAUGUCACUAUAAAUGAUCCAAAUAUAUCAACUUCCAAUUAUUUGUAUUCUAGUACAAUUGCAUUUGACGAUAUAAUUACAAUAAAUGUUUGUACAGAAAAAGGUAAAUCAAACACAACUAUAUUUGUAUUUUUAGCAUUUUCAGAUGCAGGUAAUCCCUCUGGUUAUACCAAUUUCUUUGUUAGUUCAUAUGGAACCUACAGAUUACAUUCGAUCUCUGAUAAUCCAACACGAUCAGGAACAUGGUCAUUGGCAGCUACUUCAAGAUUAAAGAUUGAUGACCAUUGGCUUGGUUGUUACAAUUAUGAAGUUGGUUGCGAACUCUUUUUCCCAUCGUUUCCUCGUCAAUAUGGAAAUCCACUGAAUCCAACACCUGGUAUUUUCCUAACGCCAGGUCUCUCGUUGGUACAGUUUAAACAUAUAGCAGUAAACGAAACAGACAAUCCUCCAAAGCCAAACACCUACCAAUUUGCAUUGAUACUAUCAACUUUCUUCAAUGGCGCAGAGAUUGAGUUUAAUCCAAUUCCAAAGAACAUCACCCUCUUCUUUUUGGACACACUACUCUAUGCCAACGGUGAAAAGAUCAGUGAAUCAUAUACCCUUAUCACCAAUCAAACUCAACCGGCAUGCGAUUUUAAGCAAUUCAAUGUUAUCAAUAUGCAACAAGACAAUAUUCUAGACACUAUUUCCAUAACUACAAAUCCAAACUCUGUACAAUCCUACCGAUAUCUUUAUGAUAUGUUGGUUUACCGUGACAACUAUUAUGGAUGCAGUUCACUAGCACAACAGCUUAUUCAUUUUAACACGACCUACAAGAUGAUCAAUAGUACUAGAUGUCCAUUGGAAGAUAAGAAGCAGUUUGGUACCAAUCCAUGUUGUAGUUUAUCAGCAAUGUUUGGUAGCGUAUGCACACCCACUCUCCAAAACAUUUCGUACACCCAAUUCAUGAAUAUCGAUAACCCAAUGGUGGAGAGUCAAUGCCAAUUACCAGACUGCGCAGAGAGUGUGCUAACUGAUUUUGCCAACUCUAUUGUACAGAAUCAAUAUAAUCCUUGUGUAGCAGAUCCCAGAGAUGAACACAAUGCCAUGGAUAUACUAUACCAAACAAUUCAGGAUUGCCAUCGUCUUCACACCGAAGCAUUUUACUGCAUGGUCGACUCUGAUUGUCCAAAAGCCUAUGGAAACGGAUCGUUUUGUAACCCUCGUAACAACGAAUGUCAAAUGUCACCAAUUGAAAUUGACAAACACUUUAUCCAAUGUGUUCUCGACAAUACACCAAAAGAGAUUUCAUCGAUUCUAACUCUUUCGUUAAACUCCACCGAUCCACUCUAUAUCCGUGAACAAUUCAUGACAGAUCAAUGUUACUCCCAAUUCAAUGAAGUAAUGUACACAAAGAACAGUGUUACCUACACAACGUUGGAUGUCAACUACUCAUACAGAUGCUAUUAUCCACCAGCAGGAUUUGACUUUUCUGCGCCUGUCUUGUUCGAUACUUGCCUUCAAGGUGUUACCAACUAUUUCUGGAGAUCACUUGUAUUGACGCCUGAGAGUUGCACAAGUAAUGUAAGAUGCGAUUGGUUGGGAGAUCAAGGUACUCUUGCCACCCAAAAUACAUCUAUGGUCGAACAAGUCUGUGCAGAGAAUACACCUACUCAUUUCUGUGGAGACUGUAUCGACCCUAUGAUGAAUUGCUACAGUAAUCUCACAAUUACCAAUCCCACUACCUGUAACGACACCUUUGUAUGCUAUCAAAACUAUCCAGGUGUGCUCGGUGUAAAGACUAGUAGUUAUGUAAAUAUUCCAAAUGAAUAUUUCCAUCAAACCACAGAUCCUUCCCAUUGCUCAAACUAUGGAUAUUGUAAUGGAACGUGUGGAACUCAGUGUCUUGGUCAAACGACAUGCAAUAUCGUACACGAAGGUUUAUUUUUAUGUCCAAACAUUUCUGGUGUGGUGCCUCUUUCUCAAUACCUUUCCUAUGAGUAUGGAAAAACUUAUUGUAGUUACAAUAGCUCUGUAAGUCAGAGUACAUGUUCAGCUCAAGGCGGAACCUAUAUAGUAUGUUCAUCACUCACUGAACAGGAAUGCAAUACAUGUUUGGUUGGUUCACCCAAUUGUGCUUGCUAUGUAUCAAAGAUUGAAUGUCAAAAUCAACAGCAAUGUGAAGGUCCAGAUCAAGGAUACUGUUCAGAUGAAUUUUACUUUUCCAUUUCUCCACUUUAUUAUCCAAGAUACGCACCAAAGUGUGUGUAUAAUUGGACUAUCUCUCCAGACUAUCAAAACAGUUAUCCACAAUGUACGUUUGGUUACGAAAAUGCAUCACCUCUUGGUUGCUUCUCAUUCAACUACACAAUGUUGAGUGAUCCCAAUGCCUGUGUUCAGUCUGGUGGUAGUGUUUGGACUCGUUCAAAGACUAAAUCUGAAUGUCUAUCGAAAUAUGGAUGUCUUGGAUAUGAAAUGACCGACAGUUUUGCACCACCAGGCACCAAGAGAUUCAACACCAAGAAUCAACAAGAUUGUUUGGCAGCCGGUGAGGAAUGGACCAAUCUAUUUACUUGGAGUCCUUCGAAAUGGUCACCCGCCACACCAGUGCGAUUAAAGUGGUUACCUGCAUCAAAACAAGUUACCACUUUUACUCACUAUGGCUCUACUUUUAAUUUCUUGAAGUUUAUGCAAGCUCUCAUUCAAGCUACCCAACAAAGACUCUCGGAAAUUUACAGAUCAGAGUUGCUCUGUCUGAUUUCCAAUACAAAAUCGACAUUGGAAUCUAUUUCUUGUACCUGUGCUGGAGGUAGUGGUCAAUGUUUCCCAGAGCAAGAGACACCAACUACAUCCAUUAUCAAACCAUGUUCAAACUCUACUUUCCCAGUCAACCAAGAUGGUUCAAUUAGCUUUACCAAUCAAAGUAUUACCCAAAACCGUUGUGUAUCCAUUGGUAUUGGUACUAUUUUCCAAAACCAAUUCCUCUCCAAGCAGAUUCAUGCACUUUCCUCAAACUUUAUCUCGGUUCUAAGUCCAGCCGAUUUUUCAGUGUUCAAUGAGAAAUCUGCUGUUAUUGGUGUGGUGAUCUCUGAUGGUGUGACUCUCAAUUUCUUUAGUGAAGGUGUUCAAUCUUUUGAACUGUGUUUACCAACAACCAAGCACUCAUCUUCUAAAUACCCAUUGAUUGACUUUGCACGUUUGGUCGAUGAUCAAGAUGGUAUUGUUGAACCAUUUGAAUGCGAUAUUCAAAUCAAUGGAACCAAUUUUUGUUGCAAUAUCGCUAAUCCUCCAAUAGGAUCAUCUAGUUAUCUACUUAUAAGUAGAAUGGAUGAUUGGAGAUCAGAAAAGCCAAAAUUAUUUACGAAAUAUGGUGAAGGAUUGGUUUAUACACUUGCAGUUUUCUAUUUAAUUAUAUGUGCUUUUUGUUUGAUAGAACUUUUCUACUUUGGAUACAUAAGAUUAUUCGCAGAUGAACCAUUCAGAAUUGUACAUGUAUUAUUUUUAUUCUUAUUCUUAUUUACAGUUACGAGAUCAUUAUAUUUCUUUAUUCUUCCAAGUGGAAGACUAACAAGUGGUACAAAUGUUGGAGAAUAUAUUUUAGUUGUUUUACCAACAUUUUUAUAUUUUACUUCAUUCACCAUUGUGCUGGUCAUCUGGUAUAUCUUGGCUAAUAUUAAAGCAUCGUUGGCCAAUAAUUUGACAACCUUGAUCAAUCGAAUGGUUAUUGUAAUCAAUAUUAUUUUAUAUCUAUUGUUUGUUAUUAUAGUAUUGGUGUUUAAUUUCAACCAUCCUUCACGUCCAGAUACUUGUGGUGGUAGAUUGGCUGGAAAAUAUGAAAAUACCAAAGUACAAUCAGGUGUUUCUAUACUUUAUGCUGUAGUUCAAUGUGUACUUUCACUUGCCAUCGCAGUUGGAUUUAUUUACUAUGGAAAGAAAGUAUAUACUGCACUAUCAGAAGUUCAAUCUAAAUCACCAAAUAGUGGUAAACAAAAACAAAAAACAUUUUUAAUGGCAACUAUUUGUUCAAUAGGAUUCCUUAUUCAUUGUAUAUUUAUUAUCAUCUUGGUAUCAGCCAAUCCAUCCAAUAUUAUUUUCAGUUUUAUUUUAUUGUUGGCCACCGAAAUUGUACCAGUUGUUACACUUAUCAUAGCAUACAACCAAAUUUCUAUCAACAAAUCUGGUACUCGUUCUCCAGUCCACCUAACAAAAUCUACAUGGUCAAGCUCCACCCCAACUCAUCGUUCAAAUUCAACUGCAACUUCUACAAAUACAACAUUUACUGCUUCUAAUAUCCAAAGAGCUGUUGGAGAUAAAAUUGUUGUUAGUAGAUGUUGUCAUAUGGUGAAUCCAUGUGAUGUAAUGAUGUUGAAACAAAAGACAACAUAA